CUUGCUCGUAUCGUAAACACAAUAUUACUGUAUACAAAUAAUACUAUUUCUAUUUGUACGAAUAAGUCAAUCGUUUAUAAAUAAAAAAAAGGACAUCAUUUGUCGCGCGUGAAACUGUUUUUGACCGCGGUCGAUCAGAAAAUUUGAGUUUGAUGUCAUGAAAAAAAGUUACUUAACAAAAUUUAAUUUUUAAACUUUUUAUCCCUAGAACACGUGGAGAAGCUUUGUUAUUCCUGUAAUACAUAGUGCUAUGCGGCAGUAAAUAUUAUGAUACUAAAUAUGCAACGGCACAUAGAGCUAAGGAAGUUGCCUGCGGCAUCUUUGUGCAAUAUAGCAAAUAUCCUAGAGAUCGACAAAGAUUGGCAAAAGAUUAUACCUUUUAUACCAAAAGAUCUGCAAAGUGAACAUUUUGAACGUAAAUACAACUAUGAACACAUGAGACUUAUAGAAGAACAUGCAAAGAAUACAAACAGAAAAUGUGCCGAAGUAUUGUUUGAUGAAUGGGGAACUUCAGGAAGAGUUAGACCUACUUUGGAGACACUUAUGAACUACUUACAAAAAGCACAGAUAUUCAGAGCAGUAGAUGAAAUAGCUCGCAUGUUAGGAGAGCCACCUCCACCACGGCCUGAUGAUGGACCUGCAGCUGCAGUACCUAUAAACAUUACAGAUUUACUUGAAAGUGUUGAGCAAAAAUUGAAUGCAAUGGAUUCCAUUCAAAGUGACAAGCUUCAGAAUUCCAGUCACGAUCAAGUUGCCUGUAACCGCACUACUAGACCACUGAAGGACCCAAGUGACUUAAUAGCAUUUUCAGAAACUGUACAAAGCAAGGAUAUACCAGCAUUUAGUGCACUUGCAAAUUAUGACAACAAAUCUACAGCUCAAGUAGAGAAUUCUAAUCUUAUUGAAUUUUCUAAGUCAACAUUGGCUUCUGCAGAGCUGCCUGACUUUAAAGCUUUGAUUCCUGGUGAUAAAUUUGAUCCAACAAGUUCCAAAGCUACUGAAAGUAGCUUCAAUAUGCCACCAACAAGUGAUAUCUCGCAAUAUCCCAGUCAGUUAAUAGACAAUGCUAUAUUAGAAGAUAAAAAGUUAGUACACUUUGAAUAUAAAGAACUAGAAGCCAUAACAAACAAGUUUUCUGAAAGCUUCAUUGAAACACCAAAGGGGCCAGUGGGAAAAAUUGGUAGUGGAGGUUUUGGAGAAGUGUAUGUUGGUACUCAUCCUAAAUAUGGGAUACUUGCUGUCAAAAAAGUGCGCAUUCAUUUCCACAUCAGUUGUGAGACAGCUAUGAAAGUCUUUAACACAGAAGUUAAAUCACUGUCUCAUCUUAGACAUGAAAACAUAGUUCCCAUCUUUGGGUACUCAAUUGAUAGUGCAAUACCAUGUAUAGUUUGUGAAUAUAUUGAUGGUGGUUCCUUGCAACAGAAAAUUGCCGCAAAAGUAUUGACUGAGGGUCAGAGGAUUGAUAUUAUGAAAGGUACAGCUGAAGGCCUGAAAUAUAUUCACCACAGUGAAAGACCAGCAGACAGUGAAGAUAUUGAAAUUCAGUCAGACUCCUUAUCUACUAGGAAAAGCUACUACCUUCAUGGAGAUGUAAAAAGUGCAAAUAUUUUGCUUACAAAGGACUGUGUGCCAAAGCUCUGUGACUUUGGACUGGCGAAGCAACUGGAAACCACCUUCAUAACUACAAAGUCUAUGAUGGGAACCUCUGCUUACAUGGCACCUGAAGGCUUCUCUGGAACAGUAACACAGAAAAAUGAUAUUUUCAGUUUUGGAAUUGUGCUUUUAGAGUUACUAACUGGUUGUAAACCAAUUGUUAUAACCAAUGGUGAAAAUAUUAAUAUUAAGAACUAUGUUGAAGAAAACAUUCAAAAUGGGGAUAUUAGUAAUCUUUUAGACCGUGUUGUACCCAAAUGGACUAAAGCUCAAAGCAUUUACAGUCUUGCUUUACGAUGUUUGGAGCAUAAAAAUAAAAGGCCAACUAUAGACGAAAUCUGUGAUAUCAUAACUCAUAUUAAAAAAAAACCUGGUAAUGUAUUUUAUGCUCAGGUCUAAAAUAAAGAAAGUAGGCCAUACUAAAAUUAUGCAAAGCAGGCAAUGUAUGGUAUGUGCUAGGGGUAAAUGCAUAAUAUUUAUCUUUUUUAUGAAAAUUUGACAGAAAUAUAAUUUCUUGUCACUAAUGUAAAUAGAUUAGAUCAGAGUUUUAUACUUCAAAUAAAAUGCAAUACAUUGACUAA